AUUGAGUUUCUAGUGUUGUUGUUAUCAGCUGUUUAUGUCGGAUUGCUGUCGCAUGGCGUGUUUCAUAUUUUGUUAAAUAAUCGGUUAAAAUAUUUGUGGUUAAAGCGAAUUGCGUACCCAGUACUGCAGUGUAACGUCAAUGAAUUAGAUAUGUUGAACAUUUGCAAAGAAAAUGUACAGUUUGACGUUUUUUCAGAUUGCUGAAAAAGGAUGAAAAGAAUUGAUCGGGUUAUUGGUUUAUAAUUUAUUAGUUAAAUAUGGUAUUAGAAAUGGCUACCGUAACACACUUUUUAAAAACUUUAAAUGCUCGCUGGAAUUUAUCUAGGAAUAAGAUCAGUUUUCUGAAUUUGUGUAGUCUGUCAUCGGAUGCCUCCCAAGAGACUGUUGUGGAUGAACUGUGUGAUGUAAACGUUCCUUUGACGCCUGCAAAUCCAAAAAUUGUAAAAAUUGCAGUUAUUGGAGUGCCAAAUGCUGGAAAAAGCACAGUUAUCAAUCAUCUUACUGGACGAAAGGUAUGCCCAAUAUCGAGUAAGGUCCACACAACGAGGUGCAAAGUCCAUGCUGUGGCAGUGGAAGGAAACACUCAGAUGGUUUUUCUUGACACACCAGGGCUGGUUUCAGCGGAGGAAACUAAACGAUUUAAUUUGGAGCAGCAGUUCACCCGUGACGGGGAGAAAGCGAUGGCAGAAGCGGACGUGAUUGGGGUCGUACACGACGCCUCGAAUCGCUGGACCAGGGACAGACUGGAUGUCAAAGUGUUGCGACUGCUGCACAUCCACUCAGACAAGGACAGCUUCCUCAUUGUGAACAAGAUAGACACUGUGAAAUCGAAACGGAAGCUUCUCGACGUCGUGCACCGUUUGACGACGAGCAAGGCUGGCGGCCAGCGUAACUCUGGCGCGCCAGGGAAGCGGAAACUGACGGAGAAUGAGUUGCUGGUGGUAGCCCAGGAGGAGCGGGGCUGGCCGAGCUUCAGGGAAGUUUUCCUGGUAUCGGCUCUCGAUGGCUCCGGAAUGGACUCCAUCAAGGCGUACCUGCUGGAGAGGGCCCGGCCGGGGGCGUGGGUGUUCCCGGCGGACCGGGUGACCGACCAGCGGCCGGAGCAGAUGGUGGAGACGACGGUGCGGGCGAGGCUGCUCGACCACUUGCCCCAGGAGCUGCCCUACGUCAUGCGCACCACACUCACCUACCUGCAGGUCAACGAGCACGGACACCUGGUGGCAGUAGUCGUGGUGGAGUGCCCCAGCCCUCGGCUGGAAAAGAUCGUGCUGGGGAAGAAGGGGGAACGUGUGCGAACCAUCGCCAGGGAAGCUGAGUUGGACCUGUUCAGCGCCUUCAAGCAGCCUGUGUUCCUGAAGCUGGUUGUGCAGAGCACGGACAAGAAACUGUGAGCACCGUCGUGAUGCCGGCAAUAACCGAGUUUCUUCUCCUUUGUAAUGUUGCAGACUAUUGUGAAGAGGAUAAGAGAUUUCGCAACUGUGGGUGAUAAAUCGUAGAUGUCACUUUUUUUAAUUGAAGAUUGUGUUCAAGAAUUCUAGGGCUAUUUUGCCCACAUGGAGCUUUAAUUAUAGAACCUACUAUAAAUGAAAAUGUAGCAGAUAAAUAAAUAAUGUUUGACAAGUUAAAAAUUGCGAAGAGUGUACUGUAGUUGGGAAGGCUGACCUGAGCGAGGGAAGGUGACGACCCAGGUGUCAUCGGCGCGGGGCUGGAAGUGGUAGAAGGCGGGCCACUCGCGCCGGUACUGGCUGGGCAGCAGCCAGCCCUGCGAGCCAGCCCUCACGAAGCCGCUCCGCUCCCCGGCGAAGUCCGCCAGCAGCCGGCGGUUGUCCUCCGGCUCCAGGUCUCGGAUCUCAAACGGUGGCUCUGGCAUCGCCGAGCGCUACAGCCGCGAGGAAGUUGUUGGUUGUGGCUGGAACACUGUAGUUAAAUACUACUUGGUAAAAAAAUAGUCCAUAGGCCCAUGCCCAAAACAAAGCUAGCA